AUGAGUGCCUGCCUGCAAGCCGCGAACGAGUCUCAGCGUAAGAGCCCACCAUGCGAAGAAGAAUUGAGCAUCCAGGACAAGAGCGAGACUGGCAGUGGAUCGCCGCAGCACUCCGCAGAGUGCACUGCGGCUCAGCCAGCUUCCAAUGCCGCAGCGCCCACGACCGCCGACGACGUCCACGUUCGCAAGCGGCUGUGCAACUGGGCAGCUGUCUGCUGGGAAACGGCCAUAUUUCUGUUCGCUUUGCUUCUCGGCUCGGUGGUGAUUACUACUUUCGUAUGGGUAGCGAUGCCGAACGCGCCUUCCCUGAUUCUCGCGUUGUGGAACACGGCGCUGCCGGGCAGUUCCAUCCAGGAGGCGGCGGCAACGACCAGCGACGGCACGGAGCCGUUCGACGCAGCCGUGCCCUGGGGUCCGUGCGCGUCGGCCGCUUGCUUCGAGCAGUCGCGGAUGCUGCUUCGCCAGCUCAACCGAAGCGUGGACCCGUGCGACGAUUUCUACGAGCACGUGUGCCGCAACUGGGAGCAGGCACAUCCGCUGCAGCGGGGCCAGGUGGGCGUCUCGGUGGACGACCUGAUGCUGGAGGCCUACACCAACACGCUCGUCACUGCUAUCCGAAACGACCGCGAGGGCUUCGCCAACGUGCGCCGCUUCUUCGACGAGUGCAUGGAGCCCGGCGAGCGCCUCUACUACGAGCUCAUGAGCCUGCUCCAGAAAACGAUCGGCCUCAGCGGCUGGAACACCACUGCCACCAGCACAAUGGGCGCCGUACAGCUCUCGCAGGCGCUAGGGGCCAUGCAGAGGUACCUGGCUGUUGACGUGAUCUUUCGACUUGCCAAGGUCGAAUCGACCACUGGAAACGGUCCACUACUAGUUAUUCAGCAGCCUACUACGGUCCUUGUUCGUUCCAAGCAAGGUGCCCAAGAAGAGCAACUGACUAGACAUUACUUCGAGUCGUUGCUGGCGUACUUCCGAAGAAGCUUUAAAACUGACGUCUUGAAAGUGGAGAAGCGGUUAGCAAACUUUUUCAGGCUCCGCGAGGAUGAUAAUUUCGAUAGAUGCCCUACCUUACAGGUGUCUCAACUGCCGGUGAUGCAACGGAUUGAAUGGAUUUCACUUUUACGCACGGCCUUUGGAGACGACGGUAUAGAUAAGUCGACUUCAGUGGUACUUGGCUCGCCAGAGUAUGUGUUUGCACUCGCCGUCGAAGACGCCUUACCAUCGUCUACAGAGUUGGUCCACUACAUGCUCUUUCGCCUCGCAGUUCUUCUGCUGCCAUUGAAUUACGACAGCCGCGUAAGGGACAGCUUCGGUUCCAUAGGUUAUGCGACCUUUCCAGAACUUCACCGUCCUCUUCGUCAAACAAAAGCUUGCCUUAGGAUUCUCAACCGUUUUGAACCCAAUAUACCUCUGUACUUAUCACGCGGCUUCUCAGAAAGCGUCCUUGGUGGUCGAAAGUUCAUCCUGUGGCUUCUAGUUCAGCUUCGGGACGUCUUUCGCGAUUACGUGCUUGGAAUUCACUCCUUCAGUAACACCCUCCGAGGACGCCUCAUUACGGGACUCGACGCAAUCCAAUGGGAGCCACUGUUCCCGACCAUGCUUUUGAACGACUCAGUACGAUUCCAGUACGCUCGCGAGGCCUACCAGGAUAGCAGCGUGUCUACGUCCUCCACUAUGCAUCAGUGGCUGACAACCUCGUCGCAACGAGGGCUUCCGUGGACGUGGCGGGGUGGCUUUCUGAGUAGCGAACCCAAGGUGCCCUAUCCGUACCAGAGGCUAGAAAUUCCGCCGGCCACGUUCAACUUGAAUGUCUACAAUGACACGACUACCGGGGCCCUUCAAAUAGCCAGGAUCGCUCCCCGAAUUUAUGGCCGCCUCUUCAACGUGCUGCAUGCGUGGACACUGGCGUUCGACCAGGGACGUAGACACCAGCGCAAGUUUGUACGAAGUUUCGCCAGCCUGCGCAGAUGCCUCGCACAUGACUACGACCACAUGUCCUGGCUACGCAAAACCUCAAGCCCUGGCAAUGGAAGCUGGCCACUGCAAGACCUGUGGGACGGACUGGCCAUACCGCUAGCGUACGAGGCUUUCAUGUUUUACUUACGCCAGACGGACACAACACUGCGCAUGGGCAUCAGCAAAAAGGAUGUUCUGGACGCACCACGGCUCUUCUUUGUGUACUACGCCUCCAGCCUGUGUGAGAACUUCACACCUAGGCUUAAGCGUUGGAACGCGGUCAACGGCUUCAAGAGCCCAGCCUGGUUCCGCGUCAAUGGGCCUCUGCGCAACACGCCGCACUUUGCCGAAGCUUUCCGCUGCAGGCCGAAGUCAUUUAUGAACCCUGCACGAAAGUGCCUUCGAACUGGCCUGAAUUAG